UGUGCUGACAAACGGUACCACCGGAUUACGAAAAAGAAAACAACUUAACAAAAAGACCACGAAAAGAAUGGAAAAUACACUUGGGAAAGGAAGGAAAGUGAAGAACGUACCUUGUAAGAUAAGAUGCCAAAACCAAUGUGCCAAAAACUUCACGGAAAUGGAAAGGCACAAUAUACACGAAUUCUAUUGGGGCUUAGGGAAUUACGAGCGUCAACGUAAUUGGCUUUUAGCUUGUGUUGAAAAUAAGCCAAUUCGUCGGAGAAUUCAAAUUGCAUCAGUAAGCAGAAGACACAACUCAUACAAAUACUUUAUAAACUGGGAUGAUAAGCGCAUCGAAGUGUGCCAACAAUAUUUGUUGAAUACGCUUGACAUUUCUCAGAUGACAUUGAGAUACGCUGUUAAUAAUGGUCUGCAUAAAUCAGCGAAACCUGAUGGGCGAGGUAAACAUGCCCCACAUAAUAAGACACCUCAUAAAGAUAAAGAAGAAAUACACAAUUUCAUAAAAAGUCUACCGGCGGUUCCUUCUCAUUAUUGCCGAAACAAAACUACUCGCAAGUACCUUCCAUUAGAGCUGAGGAACAUAAGUUUUCUCUACAGAUUGUUCCUAAAGCAUCAAGACGGGAACGGUUCAACUGCCAAACCAUCACUUAAUAUUUUUAGGGAAGUAUUUCUAAAAGACUUCAAUUUAGGAUUUCAUCAACCCAAAAAAGAUAAAUGUCGAAUUUGUGAAUGUCGAAAAGAUAGUGAUUUCAAGGAAACAGAAGAUUCUAAGGAAUCGUUUGAAAAACAUUUGCAAUUGAAAGAAAAAAGCAAAGAGAUGUUUUUAACUGACCAAAAAAAGGGCCUCACUGAUGAUUCUUACGUUUGUGCUAGCUUCGAUCUUCAGAAGGUGUUGAACACUCCACAUGGGGACAAUUUAUUACUGUACUAUUCCAGAAAGUAUUCAUUUUAUAAUGAAACGGUAUAUGAAAGUGGUACAAGAAAUGGCAUUUGUUUCACAUGGGGCGAAUCGGAUGGAAGCAGGGGGUGCAACGAAAUUUCUACGGUAAUUUUCAAAUAUUUGGAAAUAUUGGACAGGAAAGCUACAAAACAUGCGAUUCUUUACUGCGACAGCUGCUCAGGGCAAAACCGCAAUCGAGUCAUGCUGGUAAUGCUGCAAAAAUUCCUGCAGGAUACGGCAAAAACAAUACAAACCAUAAAAAUUGUUUUCUUGCUCCCUGGGCAUGCCGGUGGAUUCCAUUCACGCAACAAUUGAAAGAUUUGUUCGUAAGAAAAUGGUGUGGGCGCCAUCUGAAUGGGAUACCAUCCUUACAAAUUCAAGAAUUAAUCCCAGACAAUUGGACGUUGUGAGACUCCAGCAUUUUGAUUUUGUAAAUUGGAAGAAACUGGGUGAGGAAUGCUUGCCUUCUAAUGUUAAAACUGCAGAUGGCCAAACAUUCAAAAUUAGCCUAGUAAGGCAGGCAAAAUUCAAAAAAGGAAAUUCGAACAUCGAAGUUAAUUAUAAUUAUGAAGACUCCGCUGGUAUACGUGUACCGAUAAAUCA